GAAACAAUUUUGUCAGUCCCCACCUCCUCCACCCCUCCAUUUCUUCUGCAUCUGUGAGGUUUCCCUAGGCAACAUCCUAGCUGUCCCACACUGAGGCGUGAUCUGCUCUGUGUGCCCUGAAUUAAAAAAAGGCAAAUGCCAAACUCCAGAACAAAGACUGGCUGCUGCGGCCCCCCAGUGAAUGUCCUCCUUGUGAAGCUGAGUGGAGGAGGAGGGAGAUGCAGAACUGAAGAGGGGCGUGGGGAAGGGGCAGUAUCCGUGCCAUAGGGUUCCAGCGUGGGGCUGGCAUUAGCCGUCCGGGAAGGAAAUGCCCCGAAGCAGUCAGCCUUGAAGCUCCGACCGCUCGGGGCUCCAAGUCUGAGUCUCGGGACGACCAGAGCGCCCCUUCCCUGACCUCUCAGGGUGGGAGGAGAAGUUGGGGCGGGGGCAAGGGGGUGGCAGGGAGGAAGCUUGAUGUGCAUCAGAGGAGAGCGGACGAUCUCCGCCUCUCUGGGCUCAGAAUCUCUGCAAGCAGAGAGCCUGGAGCUCCAACGCCCCUGGAACCACCAUGAACCAUUUCAACAAAGCUGAACAAGACGACUGGCUAACAGUCUAUCUGAAGUAUCUCCUCUUUGUGUUUAACUUCUUCUUCUGGGUGGGUGGAGCAGCUGUCCUGGCUGUGGGCACCUGGACCCUGGUGGAGAAAAGUGGCUACCUGAGCAUCCUGGCCUCCAGCACCUUUGUCACCUCUGCCUACAUCCUCAUCUUUGCAGGAGCUCUGGUGAUGAUGACUGGUUUCCUGGGAUUCUGUGCUGUCCUCAGGGAGCAAAAGAGCUGCCUCUCCACAUAUUUCUGCCUGUUGCUUGUCAUCUUCCUCAUUGAGCUGGUGGCUGGAGUUCUUGCCCAUCUUUACUACCAAAAGCUAAGUGAGGAAUUAAAACAGCAUCUGAACCAGACUCUGACAGAAAACUAUGGCCAGCCCAGAGCAAAGGAGAUCACAUACUCAGUGGACCAACUGCAGCAGGACUUCAAGUGCUGUGGCAGCAACAGCUCAGCAGACUGGGAAUAUAGCACCUACAUCCAGUCUCCAGAAGCUGAGGGUCGGAAGGUGCCUGACAGCUGUUGUAAGACAAUUGUGGUACUCUGUGGUCAGCGGGCCCACCCUUCCAACAUCUAUAAAGUAGAGGGUGGCUGUAUCACCAAGUUGGAACAGUUUCUGGCCAAUCACCUUCUACUCAUGGGAGCUGUUGGGAUCGGAGUUGCUUGCCUGCAGAUAUGUGGGAUGGUUCUCACCUGCUGCUUAUAUGGGCGGAUCCAGCUGCAGUCAUACUGAAGAUUGAAUACAUCAUCACCUUCCUUCUGGAUAGAGCGGCUCCCAAACCUCAGCCUACCAAGCUUCCAAUAUCGCUUAUCAGCUUCGCUGCUGGAGUCAUAGAUUCUUCUUCUGCUUGGUGCCAGCAUGACAAAUGGCCCCGAUCCCUUUGAAGUGCCUGAAACUAUGUUGUCAUGCAUCCUGCAUCCUCCCUUCUUCCUAUGGGACUCAGGCUUCCAAAAACCCUGGCAUAAGGGAGAACUUUUUUCACCCCCUGGAGAGGGAUUGAUCUUCGAUCUUUGCCUUUGGUAAUAAAUAAACUCCUGGUAGAGCCAGGAUGAGGGGUUGAUCUCUGAACUUUCCCAACUUUGGAAUAUGGGGCUUUGUAAGAAGUUUCCUUUGCUUUUUUGCCAUAUGAAUGAUAUUUGCAAUAUGGAAUUCCCUAGGGUUCUUUUAUUUUUUAUUUUAUCUUUUUUUUUUUAAGUGAGGCAAGUGGGGUUAAGUGACUUGCCCAGGGUCA